AUGUUCUACAUUGGCGGUUCUGAAUUACUACACGUAGAAAAUUUGGUUUCGCGUUGGUUACCCAUUUGGUGGUCAAUUCGACUUCAAAUAUUAAAUCUAAAGAGGAAAGAGGACAACACUCGGGAGGACAACAACACACACUCGGGAGGAGAACAACACACUCGGGAGGAGGACAACACACUCGGGAGGAGGACAACACACUCGGGAGGAGGACGACACACUCGGGAGGACAACGCACACACCCACACACUCACAACACACACUCGGGAGGAGAACAACACACUCGGGAGGAGGACAACACACUCGAGAGGAGAACAACACACUCGGGAGGAGGACAACACACUCGAGAGGAGAACAACACACUCGGGAGGAGAACAACACACUCGGGAGGAGGACAACACACUCGAGAGGAGAACAACACACUCGGGAGGAGGACAACACACUCGGGAGGAGAACAACACACUCGGGAGGAGAACAACACACUCGAGAGGAGAACAACACACUCGGGAGGAGGACAACACACUCGGGAGGAGAACAACACACUCGGGAGGAGAACAACACACUCGGGAGGAGAACAACACACUCGGGAGGAGAACAACACACUCGAGAGGAGAACAACACACUCGGGAGGAGAACAACACACUCGAGAGGAGAACAACACACUCGGGAGGAGAACAACACACUCGAGAGGAGAACAACACACUCGGGAGGAGGACAACACACUCGGGAGGAGGACAACACACUCGGGAGGAGAACAACACACUCGAGAGGAGAACAACACACUCGGGAGGAGAACAACACACUCGAGAGGAGAACAACACACUCGGGAGGAGGACAACACACUCGGGAGGAGGACAACACACUCGGGAGGAGAACAACACACUCGAGAGGAGAACAACACACUCGGGAGGAGAACAACACACUCGGGAGGAGAACAACACACUCGAGAGGAGAACAACACACUCGGGAGGAGGACAACACACUCGUGAGGAGAACAACACACUCGGGAGGAGGACAACACACUCGGGAGGAGAACAACACACUCGAGAGGAGAACAACACACUCGGGAGGAGAACAACACACUCGGGAGGAGAACAACACACUCGAGAGGAGAACAACACACUCGGGAGGAGGACAACACACUCGGGAGGAGAACAACACACUCGGGAGGAGGACAACACACUCGGGAGGAGAACAACACACUCGAGAGGAGAACAACACACUCGGGAGGAGAACAACACACUCGAGAGGAGAACAACACACUCGGGAGGAGAACAACACACUCGAGAGGAGAACAACACACUCGGGAGGAGAACAACACACUCGGGAGGAGAACAACACACUCGAGAGGAGAACAACACACUCGGGAGGAGAACAACACACUCGGGAGGAGAACAACACACUCGAGAGGAGAACAACACACUCGGGAGGAGAACAACACACUCGAGAGGAGAACAACACACUCGGGAGGAGGACAACACACUCGAGAGGAGAACAACACACUCGGGAGGAGAACAACACACUCGGGAGGAGGACAACACACUCGAGAGGAGAACAACACACUCGGGAGGAGAACAACACACUCGGGAGGAGGACAACACACUCGGGAGGAGAACAACACACUCGAGAGGAGAACAACACACUCGGGAGGAGAACAACACACUCGGGAGGAGGACAACACACUCGAGAGGAGAACAACACACUCGGGAGGAGAACAACACACUCGGGAGGAGGACAACACACUCGAGAGGAGGACAACACACUCGGGAGGAGAACAACACACUCGGGAGGAGAACAACACACUCGGGAGGAGAACAACACACUCGGGAGGAGAACAACACACUCGGGAGGAGAACAACACACUCGGGAGGAGAACAACACACUCGGGAGGAGAACAACACACUCGGGAGGAGAACAACACACUCGGGAGGAGAACAACACACUCGAGAGGAGAACAACACACUCGGGAGGAGGACAACACACUCGGGAGGAGGACAACACACUCGGGAGGAGGACGACGCACUCGGGAGGACAACGCACACACCCACACACUCACAACACACACUCGGGAGGAGGACAACACACUCGGGAGGAGRACAACACACUCGGGAGGAGGACAACACACUCGGGAGGAGAACAACACACUCGAGAGGAGAACAACACACUCGGGAGGAGAACAACACACUCGGGAGGAGGACAACACACUCGAGAGGAGAACAACACACUCGGGAGGAGAACAACACACUCGGGAGGAGGACAACACACUCGGGAGGAGAACAACACACUCGAGAGGAGAACAACACACUCGGGAGGAGAACAACACACUCGGGAGGAGGACAACACACUCGAGAGGAGAACAACACACUCGGGAGGAGAACAACACACUCGGGAGGAGGACAACACACUCGAGAGGAGGACAACACACUCGGGAGGAGAACAACACACUCGGGAGGAGAACAACACACUCGGGAGGAGAACAACACACUCGGGAGGAGAACAACACACUCGGGAGGAGAACAACACACUCGGGAGGAGAACAACACACUCGGGAGGAGAACAACACACUCGGGAGGAGAACAACACACUCGGGAGGAGAACAACACACUCGAGAGGAGAACAACACACUCGGGAGGAGGACAACACACUCGGGAGGAGGACGACGCACUCGGGAGGACAACAGAAAUUGGAUUUUGUUUUAACAAUAUAAGUGGAAGUGUACCAUUUAAUUGUCGUAUAAAUCGAAAUAAAAUUGAUGUUUCAAAUCAAUAUUUAAUUGACUACCUUGAAAAUGAAUUUCAUGGAUUAAAAUUCAACAAAAAGUUUGAGUAUGGAUUAUCAGCAAGUGAAUUUGUUCCUGUUAUUAAAGCAAUAUAUCAUUUAAAUUCCAAUACUAAAGCAAAGUAUAUUGGAAUAACUAAAAAUGAUGAAGGGAUUAAAGGACUAUUAUAUAAAGCAGGAUUUGGUCAUUUAAUUAUUGAAAUUGAUAACAUUAAUGUUCUCAAAAUUUGUGAUAAAACUAUUCCUACUGAUGGAGAGUUAAUGGUUAUUCAACAAAAUGAUAUAAUUAAAGAAAUAAUUCGCAAUAAAAUUGACAUUAAAGAAAUGUAUAUUCAAUAUGGAUUCCCUAUGGAAAACUUGAAACAAUUAAAAAUUAUAUUGGAUACAAUUAAAGAAUGGAAGACUAAUGAAGAUUGUGACAAUGUAUUUACCAAUAAUUGGGAUAAUGAGGAAUAA